AUGAUCGUGACCGAGAGCACACCGAAAACUCCACCAAAAUCGAACACUCCAUUGUUGGGAGAAAGCAGUGCCCCUCCUGCUUACGCACCUCGAGGCCCAAGCGCCGGUCCGUCAGGACCUUAUAUCGUAUACCAACAACAGCCUCUGUAUCCUCAGCGACCUCCCCAGUCGGCUGGUAAACGUUUCUUGAAGGCGUUCUUGGUUGCUGUUGGAAUUUGGGUUUUAGCAUCAGCCUUACUAGGAAGCAUAUUUAGUAGCAGGCGAUAUCGCCACUACCAGAUGGUCGACCUCCAGGCUACAUACCCUGUCCCAGACAACGUGGAACUCGACGAAUGCGUCACUGAAUGGACUACUGGGCCCACAAACCCCACUUCAUCUACCCCUUACACAUCUCUGGCAUCUUUCUCGUUCCCCAUCCCUUCCAAGACUUUGCUUCUGCUGUCUAAAGGCAGCCUCUCCGGUGGCCGUCUCAAAGUCGUCACCUCGGCGUCAGAUGAUGUCAAAAUCACUGUGGCCAUCCAUUAUGCUGACACACUUGCUCGCGAGCUUGCGAAAGUAUGUCUGAUUAACCGUGAUGAGGGAGAGCAGGGUGUCGGUCUCUUUACUCCAACAGAAUGGCGAGGGCGCCCCUAUAGUGUCUCAUUUGAUGUCGAGCUUUCCAUUCCGCGCUCCCAAUCCAACAAUCCACAAUUCAUCAAUGCCCUUCUAACGGACGUGAACAACUUCUCGCAAGAGAUAGACUCCCUUCAAGAUGUCGUCGUUUUUGAUACGUUGACACUGCAGGGCUCGAACGGCGGCAUUCGAUCUCCCAGUCUCGUCGCAACGAACACCAUAAUAAAGACUUCCAAUGCGCGAGUGGCCAUCGGGCAUUUGAUGUCGUCAACCGCUUCAGUCCGCUCUUCGGGUGGAGGAAUUACGGGCACAUACGUGACCAAGGGACCACUCAACCUCAUCACCAGCAACGGCGCCAUUGAUGUCUCCAUCUCCGUCACCUCCGACACAGACCGCCAAGUUCCUGUUCUCAUGACCACUUCCAAUGCCCAGAUCAACGCCGUUGUUGACCUCAUCUCCACCUCCAAUAGUGGCGGCUCUUUCCUCGUCCAACCUAAAACUUCCAACGGCCGGCUUACGACGACGAUCAAAUCGCUUCCCAUUGACGGGAAGCUCAAGCUGGAGGCACGCACAUCCAAUUCGCUUGCUCAGGUAGCACUUCCGCUGACCUACGAGGGCGGCUUCUCGCUCGCCACCUCCAACGCCGCGACACUUGUCCAGCGGAGAGGCUCGAGCGAGCGCGACCCGAAGUGCCCGGACUCGGGUGAAUGCGAAGGGCAGCGCAGUCGUACUGUGAGCACGCGGAUGGUGAGGAAGACUUCAGCGGCGGGGGUGGUCCAUUGGGACGCGAAGAAUGCACAAAGGGGCGAUGUCAGCCUUAAGACGUCCAACGGAGGAGUUACAUUAGUUCUGUAG